AUGGAUAGACCCCGAGCCACGGAUCCACCACCAAGCUGGCAUCCCGGACUCCAUCACCUCCGCCUCGACACAAGGUUGGAUGUGCAAGUUGAGCAUGAGGGACCAAGCAGGGCUGCAUGCACUGAUAUCGUUAAGAGGGGAGUACGGCAGCAGAGGUAUCACCUCAAAAGGAGGUACUUCGACUCAUCACUGACAAGAGAACAGCUGCUGGCCAAACAACCUCCACCGAAGAUGAAGAAAGCGGAGUGGACCAAGCUGGUAGACUACUGGUGUGACCCAAAGAAUCAGGAGAAAAGUGAAAAGAAUAAAGCAAACCGAGGGCAAGUGCAGCUUCACCAAAGGACUGGAUCUAGGUCCUAUAUUGCCCAUCGAUACAGCCUGAGGCCUAAGUACAACAACAUGGAGCCAGAUCCUGUUGAAUUCUUUGGGGAAUGUAUGAACAGUCCACAAAAUGGUCGUACUCAGCUUGCGGAUGACAUAUAUGCACAAAUGGUUGCAGAGAAGGCAAGAGAACCAGAAGAAGGAGAAGCACCAAAGUCUCCAUCAAAGAUUGUUGCUGAUAGUCUAAGCCAGAUCAGCCGUUCCUCAACAUUCCUCCCAAACAUUGGUGUCACUAAAGCGCAGAGUGCUGCCCGGUCCACAACAGCUGUAGUAGAAGCCCGCUUGCAAGCUCAAUUUCAGGCAACACUCCAAGCAGAAAGAGAGGAUGCUGCAAGGAAGCAGGAAGAGUUGCAGGAACAGCUUCGAGUUCAGCAGGCCUCUCUUGAAGAACACCAAAGUUUGUUGCGCCAGACCCAAGAAGAGGUGAAGGGGAUGAGUACACGGUUUGAUGAGACUAAUGCACUGCUGCGAGCGGUGCUGAAACUCCAGAAAGAUUGA